AUGUCCAAGUUCGCUACCUCAAGCGCACAUCCUCCCCCUGGGACUUUGAUCGACAACGACACUCUCGAGCUUGUCGAGCUCGUUGGUAGCGGCGGCUACGGUGUCGUUUAUCGCGCGGUAGAAACGACGGCCAAACCUGGAAGGAAGCCGAGGACAUUCGCAGUCAAGGUUCUCAGCCGGACGGAUGGACGAAGGAACACUCACAUCCGGGAGGCUUCCCUCCAUUACCACGUUUCUGGUCACCCUCACAUCAUCGACCUCUACCAAGUCCUUGAAGACGACAACUACAUGUACUUCGUCAUGCAAUACGCUCGCUCCAAGGACCUCUUCCACCAGAUCCUCAACAAGAGCUACUACCUCGGAAACGACCAGACGACGAAGAUGGUGUUCCUCCAAAUCCUCGACGCCGUGGAUCACCUGCACCAGAUGGGUGUCUACCAUCGAGACUUGAAGCCUGAGAACAUCCUUUGUCUCGACGAAGGUUACCGUAUUGCCAUCAGCGACUUUGGCCUCGCCACUACCGACAAAACAAGCGUCGAGUUCCGCACUGGAAGCGUCUAUCACAUGAGCCCUGAGUGUCAAUGCGGACGCUAUGCCGAAGAUGCCUAUUCACCCAUGUCCAAUGACGUUUGGUCCUUGGGCAUUAUCCUAUUGAACAUGGUGACUGGAAGAAAUCCAUGGAAGUCGGCCACUACCGAAGAUCCCGUGUUCCAGUCUUAUUGCCGCUCUCCCUUCAACUUCUUUUGCUCGGUUCUCCCGAUCUCAUCCUCCCUCAACAAAAUCCUUAUCCAAGUUCUGGAUCCCAACUGGAAGACGCGGAUGACAUUGAAGCGGCUCAGGCAAGAGAUUGAGAAAAUCGACACCUUUUACUCGCCGAAGGUGGUGUUCGAGGGGAGUUUGGCGAGAUGUCCUUGGGAAGUCGAUGGCUCGCCGGCGAAGGCCAAGGACCAAGCUAACAAGCCUGCCAAACGGCCACCUGUCAAGCGAAGGCCUGUUCCUCCUACGCCUGCUGGCGCGAAGCCCUUUGUCAAGAAGGAGCACGAGGCUCCGCCGCCUUCAACCCCUCCUGACGCUGUCAACCGUGAAGCCCACGUUCGCCAUCGCGCGACGCCGCCCCCACCCCCGCCCGCGACUCCCGUCAAGCAGGAAGCGCAGCCCCCUCGACGUCGACCAGCCCCACCUGUCGACGACUUCUCCGACGAAAUGGACCACGCCAGCCUGGGCGAUUCGAGGAUGGAAAGCGUGUCGUUGGACGAAGCCUCCUCAUCCGACAACUCUGCGUCCAUCGACCUACCUCAUACUCCUUACCAUUCUCAUCCUUCCUCAUCCUCGUCUGCCACUUCAUUUCCCAAGACUCCUGAUACGGGCGGCUUUAUGGGCUCUCGCAGGGAGAACAAGGUGGACGUUAAGAUCAUGGCUUCCACCCAUACUUCUCCUCUUUCAAGCUUUGGCGGACAAACUCACGCCCCUACUAUUCUGAAUGAUUUCUCCUAUAUCGACCUCUCGUUCUCCAAGGAAUCCCUCAAGCGAUCCAUAGAUCAAGCCAUGCUCUCCCCCGCCCCUUCCCAAUACUCCCUUCAUGAAGCUUCCGAUUUCUCCAAAUGGUCGGAUUCCACGGAUACCCUGGCACAGGAUCGCCGUCGAUGCGCCAACGACUCACGCUCGGAAGUCAUCCUCUACCCCGAUCUCCAAACGCCCGCCCCCUCCAAACCCAUCGACAUUGGGCGAGUGGCUGCGAUGAAGAGGCUUUGGGAGAAGAAGCUUCCCUCAAAGCCUAUGCAGUCGUAUACUGGUCGUCGGCCAUGUUGUAGUCCCCCGCAGGGCAAUCGGUACUGGUUUACUGGAAAAGCCCUGGCCUAA